ACGCAUGCUAAUGAGGGGGCGGCCGCCACAGCCCAUUGGCCGGCAGCGGAGUGUCGGUGAAGUCAGCGCCGAGUCCCAGAAAAACAGAGCGGGGCCAACUGCAGCGUGUAGUGCGAGUGGGGCAGGACGCGCGCCGCCCGCCCGCCCCGAGACCCGCAAGGAGCUGGCAUUUGUUGGAAGAGUUUGUGAAACCUUCUCUCUGCCCAGAGCUCAAGACCAAUGCAUCCCACCACCUUAAACCACUGGUAAAUAGAGCAUUUCGGAGCCCCAGUAGCUGAAGACUUGUCCUGUUACCACCAUGAGCUCUGAAUGUGACGUUGGUGCUUCUAAAGCUGUGGUCAACGGGCUGGCACCAGGCAGCAAUGGGCAGGACAAAGCAAUUGCCGACCCUUUACGUGCGCGCUCUGUUUCUGCUGUUAAAAUAAUUCCCGUGAAGACAGUGAAAAGCUCUUCAGGCCUGGUAUUCCCUCCAGACAUGGAUCCUACAAAAAUCUGCACGGGGAAGGGAGCGGUGACUCUCCGUGCCUCAUCUUCCUACAGGGAAAUCCCGAGCAGCGGCCCCACAAGCCCUCAGGAAACCCCGAAGCAUGAGAGCAAGCCAGUUCUGGACUCAGAGACUCCCUCAGCAGAUGAGUGGAGGCUUUCUUCCAAUGCGGAUGCCAAUGGAAACGCCCAGCCCUCCUCACUUGCCGCCAAGGGCUACAGAAGUGUGCAUCCCAACCUUCCUUCCGACAAGCCCCAGGUUCUCUCUCCCCCUCGGCCUCCUCUCCCUAAAGAAGACCGCUUUGCAUGGCAGCGUCCCACCAGCCACAGUACCCCCAAGGACUCCCUCUACCUGAGCUCACCAAAGCCUUAUGUGCCCCCCAGCACCCGCAGCCAGCAGAGGCCCUCACGACCCCAGGCCGGCCCUGAAGGUGUGCGGCGUUCCGGGCCCUCGCUUCCAGGUCCCACGGUCCCCGGUGCUUCCUCCCAACCCCGGCACCGCCGUGUGGCCACGAGAACAGUUUAUAGGGAGAAUGUGAGCUCUAACCCACGUCACGAGGCAGAUGGGAAUAAAAAGGUCAGCAGCUUAUAUGUCCCGUGUUUAUCCAAGAACAUCUGCAGGGUGGCGGCGGAAAGCGCCUCUCACGUUGCACGUGACCCAGCCACGGGCACGCCCUUGGAAGCUGCAGGCGCUCGCGCACCGGCUCCCAGCAUUGUCCCCCGCACAGCCGGCACGGGAAGGCCACCCUCUGCUCCUCCUGACCCUCCCCAGCCAUUCUUUGACAUCCGUAAAGAUGCCGCUAAGGGUGCUCGGCCUCCGUUCCCGGACGCGGCGAGACCACCUGUGCUAGGCCCCCAGCUUUCCUCUGCUCCCGAACACCGGAAGAGAAAAGAACCUUACCUUUCGCAGCCGUGUUAUCCAGCCAAGGGUGCCACUUCCUCCAGUUCAGCCCAGCCUGAGGUAAUAGUUGUGCCUCUCUACCUGGUUAAUACUGACAGAGGGCAAGAAGGUACAGCCAGACCUCCAGCAUCUCUGGGGCCCCUUGGCCCCCCAGGCCCGGCGACCGCCCCUGCCGGCUCACCUCUGACCUUCCCGACUCUAGAUGAUUUCAUUCCCCCUCGUCUGCAGAGGCGGCCCCACCACAGCCAGCCAGCCGGCGCUGCUGACCCCCACCCCCCCGUUAGCCAGACACCACCAUCCUUCUCACCACCUCCUCCGCUGCUCCCUCCGGCCCCGGAGGGCCUCCGCAGAGCCUCGGAGCCUGACCUCACGGGAGCCGUUUCAAGUACCGAUUCAGGUCCUCUACUAAAUGAAGUUUCUUCAUCCUACGUGGGAACCGAUCCCCAGAGCUCUGCACCAGCUAGCAAGCCAUCUUCUGCCUACCCCUCUACGACAAUUGUCAAUCCUACUAUUGUACUCUUGCAACACAACCGAGAACAGCAAAAACGACUCAGUAGCCUUUCAGAUCCUGUCUCAGAAAGAAGAGUGGGAGAGCAGGACUUGGCACCAACGCAGGAGAAACCCACCUCACCUGGAAGGGCUACUGAGAAAAAGGCAAAGGAUGACAGUAGACGGGUGGCCAGGAGCGCUCAGGACCUGAGCGAUGUUUCCAUGGAUGAUGUGGGCAUCCCACUCCGGAACACCGAGAGAUCCAAAGACUGGUACAAGACCAUGUUUAAACAGAUCCACAAACUAAACAGAGACACUCCUGAAGAAAACCCUUAUUUCCCUACGUACCAAUUCCCUGAACUUCCUGAAAUCCAGCAAAAUUCUGAAGAGGACAAUCCUUACACUCCUACCUACCAGUUUCCAGCAUCUACUCCUAGUCCUAAAUCAGAAGAUGAUGAUUCAGAUCUGUACUCACCUCGGUACUCCUUUUCUGAAGACACAAAAUCUCCCCUUUCUGUGCCUCGCUCAAAGAGUGAGAUGAGCUACAUCGACGGUGAGAAGGUGGUUAAGAGGUCGGCCACGCUUCCCCUCCCAGCCCGCUCUUCCUCACUAAAAUCAAGCCCAGAGAGAAACGACUGGGAGCCCCCAGAUAAGAAAGUGGAUACAAGGAAAUACCGCGCAGAACCCAAAAGCAUUUACGACUACCAGCCGGGCAAGUCUUCUGUUCUGACCAACGAAAAGAUGAGUCGGGAUAUAAGCCCAGAAGAGAUAGAUUUAAAGAAUGAACCUUGGUAUAAAUUCUUUUCGGAAUUGGAGUUUGGGAAACCGCCUCCCAAAAAGAUAUGGGAUUAUACUCCUGGAGACUGCUCUAUCCUUCCUAGAGAGGAUAGAAAGACUAAUCUAGAAAAAGAUCUCAACCUCUGCCCAGCAGAGUUAGAGGCACAUUUAGAAAACACGGAGACGCUUAAUAAAGCACCCAGUGCAAACCUGUCCCAGAGCUCGGCAGUCAGCCCCAGCCCGGAUAUUUCUGCGGAAGCUCCUGGAUAUAUCUAUUCUUCCAACUUCCACGCAGUGAAGAAGGAAUCAGAUGGGGCUCCCGGGGAUCUCGCUAGCUUGGAGAAUGAGAGGCAGAUUUAUAAGAGCGUCUUGGAAGGUGGAGACAUCCCUCUCCAGGGCCUGAGUGGGCUCAAGCGACCCUCCAGCUCAGCCUCCACUAAAGUGGAUCGUAAAGGUGGGAAUGCUCACAUGAUUUCUUCAUCUUCAGUUCCUAGCCGAACGGUUAGCUCUAGCAAUGCAUUAGGCCCCAUGUGUAAGCACAAGAAACCCCUGUCCGCUGCAAAGGCCUGCAUUUCGGAAAUCCUUCCCUCCAAAUUCAAACCCAGGCUCUCCGCUCCCAGCGCUCUUUUACAGGAACAGAAGAGUGUCUUAUUGCCGGCAGAAAAGGCUCAGAGCUGUGAGAACCUUUGUGUUUCACUGUCUCUGAAUGAUUCCAAAAGAGGUCUCCCCCUCCGAGUGGGGGGGAGCAUCGAGAACCUGCUCACGCGCUCCCGGCGGGACUGGGACAGCAAGUCGAGCAGCACCGUGAGCCUCCAGGAAUACGGCACCGGCACCAGGAGGCCCUGCCCUCUCUCCAGAAAGGCCGGGAUGCAGUUCACCAUGUUAUACCGGGACAUGCACCAGAUCAACCGAGCCGGUCUCUUCCUGGGCUCCAUCUCCUCCUCAAGCGUGCGAGACCUUGCCUCCCACUUCGAAAGGAGCAGCCUGGCAUUGGCCAGGGGUGAGCUGGGCUCUAGCCAGGAGGGCUCGGAACACAUCCCCAAGCACACUGUCUCCUCCCGCAUCACGGCAUUUGAGCAGCUGAUUCAGCGGUCGAGGUCCAUGCCGUCCCUGGACCUGUCCGGGAGGCUAAGCAAGUCCCCCACGCCUGUGCUGUCCCGGAGUGGCCUGACCUCAGCCCGUUCGGCUGAAUCCCUCCUGGAGUCGACCAAGCUGCGACCCCGGGAGAUGGACGGGAUGAACCCGGGGGGGCUCUAUGCCACCCCAACAUGCAGCAACAUGGUCGAGCCCCCCUUGGGCUUCAGGGGCCUUACACCUUCUGAGCCCCUCUCUGCCUGCUCCGACGAGCUCGACCACUGUUCAAACAUCUCCAGCGACAGCAGAGAGGGCAGCAGCAGCAGUGUCCACGGAGACUUUCCCAAGCACCGCCUCACCAAGUGCAAGGGCACCUGCCCGGCCUCGUACACCCGCUUCACCACCAUCCGAAAGCACGAGCAGCAGCAGACCUCCAGACAGUCCGACUGGCGCCCAGAUCUCAGAGGGGACAGGAGCACGCUCCUCAGGAACAUCUACCUAAUGAGCCCCCUCCCUUUCCGAUUGAAAAAGCCCCUCCAGUCCCACCCUAGGCAGCCUCCCCCUGGUGACUUCUCAGCUCCUCAGGCCGGCCAGAAGCCAGACCUCCCCAGCCAGCCCCAGCAGGAUGAGACCCCCUCCGGGGGGAAGCCCUCGGUUCCCAAACGCCUGUCUUCCCGACACACCAUGGCGAGGCUGGGCCGGAUCUCGGAGCCCCCUCAGGGGAGACCCGCAGUCCCAGAUGACUGCCUGAGGGCCUUUCAUAAUGGCAACUCCGUGCCGUACUCAGACCCCGGCCUGGACAGGAACAACAACCCACACAGUGAACUGGGAACAUCCCUCGGAGAUUCGGAGUCACCAAGGCAUUUUAUACCUGCUGAUUAUUUGGAAUCCACGGAAGAAUUUAUUCGGAGGCGUCAUGAUGAUAAAGAGAAACUUUUAGCGGACCAGAGACGACUUAAGCGUGAGCAAGAAGAGGCCGAUAUCGCAGCUCGUCGCCACACGGGCGUCAUCCCGACGCACCAUCAGUUUAUCACUAAUGAGCGCUUUGGGGACCUCCUCAAUAUAGACGAUACGGCCAAAAGGAAAUCUGGGUCAGAGAUGAGACCUGCCAGAGCCAAAUUUGACUUUAAAGCUCAGACCCUCAAGGAGCUUCCUCUGCAGAAGGGGGACAUCGUGUACAUCUACAAGCAGAUCGACCAGAACUGGUACGAAGGAGAGCACCACGGCCGGGUGGGCAUCUUCCCGCGCUCCUACAUCGAGCUUCUUCCUCCUGCUGAGAAGGCUCAGCCCAAGAGGUUGGCACCGGUGCAGGUUUUGGAAUACGGAGAAGCUGUUGCCAAGUUCAACUUCAAUGGUGAUACACAAGUAGAAAUGUCCUUCAGGAAGGGUGAGAGGAUCACGCUGCUCCGACAGGUGGACGAGAACUGGUACGAAGGGAGGAUCCCAGGGACGUCCCGGCAGGGCAUCUUCCCCAUCACCUACGUGGACGUGAUCAAGCGGCCCCUAGUGAAAAACCCCGUGGAUUAUAUCGACCUGCCUUUCUCCUCCUCCCCAAGUCGCAGUGGCACCGCGAGCCCACAGUUUGCCAGUCACAGCAAGCUCAUCGUGCCGGCCCCCUCAUCCCUGCCCCACCCCCACCGAGCCCUGUCCCCUGAGAUGCACGCUGUCACCUCUGAGUGGAUCUCCCUGACUGUUGGGGUCCCAGGCAGGCGGCCUCUGGCCCUGACCCCACCCCUGCCUCCUCUUCCAGAAACUUCUGUCUAUAACACGGACCCCCUCUCCUCGUGGACGAGGCCGGGUUCCUCUCUCUCUCUCAGCCUUCCCCAUUCGAGCUGGUCCGAUCGAUCCGCCCCACGCUCGCUGGCUUCCCCGCUGGCCCUUCCUCCCUCCCACAAAGCUGCCUCCUUGGCACCCGGAGCCCCCACCUUCCUUCACAUCAAUGGGGACAGUGGUGUCCACGUGCCACCCCCAGGUGUCCACCAGGAUAGCUUCCCGCCGCUGCUGCCAGGGAGCUCUGAUAGGGUCAUCUCGGAGCUCAGCAACGCCUUUAGCAGCCAGGGUAAGCGGCAGCCGAGGCGAGAAGAGCGCGGACAGUGUGAGAGGAGAGCAGAGCGGGAGGCAGGUGAGAGAUACCCCGGAGCACCCAGGAUCUCUAAGAAGAGCUGCUUGAGACCUUCAGACGUGGUCAGGUGCCUGAGCGCGGACCAGAGACUCUCGGACCUCCGUGCGCCCGAGGAGAGCCGGCCCGGCAAGCCCCCGGGUAGCCCUUUUCCGGGAAGGGAGGCUGAGCAGACAGAGCUGCAUAGAGGUGGCGAGCAGGCCGAGAGGAGGGCCGCUCGGAGUGCGGGGAGCCAGCCUUCUCAUCAUUCAUUGAGAGCAGGACCUGAUCUCACAGAAUCUGAAAAGAGCUAUGUGGAAGCAGUUUGCAAUGAGAUCAUAAACAUUGCCGAAAAAUCUGUUCAUUACUGCAGCACUGUCUCUCAUCCCCUUGACUUUCAUCACAAGGUAUCCCCUUCUGACAAUAAAUCAUCUUUAAUCAUUUCUCAGCAACCUCAAGCCCAGCAGCGAAGAGUCACCCCAGAUAGGAGUCAAACCUCACAAGAUUUGUUUAGCUACCAAGCAUUGUAUAGCUAUAUACCCCAGAAUGAUGAUGAAUUGGAACUCCGAGAUGGAGAUAUUGUUGAUGUCAUGGAAAAAUGCGAUGAUGGAUGGUUCGUUGGUACUUCAAGAAGGACAAGGCAAUUUGGUACUUUUCCAGGCAACUAUGUAAAGCCUUUGUAUCUAUAAGAAGAUUGAAAACCGGAGAUUAUUUUUUAUUGGAGGAUGAAGCAUAACUCAUGAACUGGUCUCUUUAUUUAAACGUUGAGUCGGUAGGAAAACUAAUGCAGUGGAUAAAGUAAGAAACAAAAGAGAGGGACAGAGAAGUAUUGUGUCUAAAGCCCGAGUCUGUCUACGCUGACAGCAUAUCAGGCAAGCCGGACUGAGGAAAAAGGGAUGAGGCAAGUCUGUAUUUACUUAGCUGCUUCUGGGAGCCACUCCAAGCCUUCCCCGCCUCUCCCCUUCUUGGGUAAUCUGACCUGUAACACAGUCCAGGAUCAGUGAGGUCAGAAAUGCCUCUUGCUGCCCUGGCCUUGACCAGCUCUGGCUCGACGUGGCCAUUUAGCCAGAAGCAGCCCUCGGGACACCAGGCAGAUCCCCAGCCGUUCUCCAAAGGCUCCGUACCCCAGCCACCCCAGAGCCCACCAGUUUCCCAACGUUGCUGGAAAUCUGCUUAGGCAGCCGAGGCCUCCCCUGGACAGUGGUGGAGGCUACAAGGCUCUCCAAGACCAUGUGCCUCGUUCCUGGGGAACAUGGGGCAAUGGAGGGAGCGUGGAGGUGCCCUGUGCACGCUCUGAUCCUGCACGCACCAUGGCCCUCGACGCCCCUGGUGUUCAGACAGAAAAGCACAUGAGGUUUGCUGGUGGAAGUGGGGUGCCCAGGUCAGGUAGUUAAAGUUGUGUUUCCAAAUGAUGACGUUAGGAAGUUCUGUAGCUGUCAAGGUCGCUUGCGACGUGACCCUUUCCCAUAUCACUGACUUUUGUAAAUGGUCACCUUCGGCACAAUUUCAUUUACCAGAUUGCCAGUGCUAACCUUUCUUUUCUGGAUUGUUUUUGGUCAGGGCAUUUUGAGGUGGCUAGGCCUAUUCUCUCAGAGAACCAGGGAUGGCGUUCAGUGAAUCGUUGAGCAGACACCAUCGCAUGCUGGACGCUGGCGCCACCGAGGAGCAGGACAUGCCCCAUGCCCUACACUCACUGUGUCCUCAUUUGUACUCCCCGAAGCAGGUUCAGGAACCGCCCACGAGGUAGUCACCCAGGGUCCCCACCCUGGUGAGGCUUCUUUUCAGAGCAGAAGGCACAGAGGCUGUGGCCCUAUGUGCGAGGUAGUGAUUCUGCCGCUCCCGGGAGGUCUGUCCUCUGUGGGGUCACGUGGGAGAAAGGAGGCCCCUGUGACACCCCGGGUGCUCAGUCACAACUCCAUCCAUCUUGAGGAUGUUGGUCAGCCUCUCUGUUAGGUCCCUUGAAGAAAUAGGGACUGGCCCACCCGCCUGUUGGGAACUCAAAGGUGACGGGAGAGGCAGACACACAAAACUACUGGGUCAAGAGAGACCGUGAUAUGUGCUGAGAAGGGUAUGAGAGAGGAGGAGGUUAUCUUUCCCUGGAGAGACUCUAGAAAGCAUUGUCGUGUUUCUCUCUCCAUGAGCUCACUCUUGAACAACUAGGCUGCUGGAAGAACCUUUGUCUGAGGGUAGUUUAUGGCCAGAAAUUCUUGGAACUGUUUCCAGAGUCUUCAGACUCUCAUCCUCCCUCACAAAUACACAUCCAAGGUCACAAAUAAAAGGAGCAUUUCUAGGUAGGUGGGACUGUGUACGGGAAUCCUGGCUCUCUGCAUAUAGCUCAGAAUUGCCCCCCAACCAUUGUCCCAGAGUCUGGAGUCCUUACAAGGAGGCAGAGUCUGUCUUCAGUGCCUCUGCCUUCUGUCUCUGCCACUCACCUGCCACCCAUCAGCUCUGCACCCCUGUGCCCCCAUCAGACAGCCUCAUUCUCUCCCUGUCCUCCUUUCAAGUCCUCGUCUCAGGAAAGAAAAUGCUGCUGACUCCUUCACACUGGAGUGUAAAUGACUGAAAAGAGGAAUGUGUUAACUUCUUCCUGGAGACAUUUGUUUUUAACUAGGACAGAGAAGAGCCUUAACCCCAAGGGAUGAGGCUAUGGAACUAAUGGUGGGGGUAGGGGGGGCCAGUGGUGGGGGAGGAGCUUCCUGGGUAGAAGGAGCCUCUCUGAGUCUUUGAAUCAGACUCCCUGCUUUGGAAGGUCCACUUCCCCCGGGGGUGCUGUUUGACUCUCUCUGAGGGAAUAUAGUGCAAGUGCAUAUGCACGUGCGUUUUGCACGACAGCAUUUCACUCAUUUUUGGAAUGUAACUCCUAUAUUGGCUAACGUGUUUCCUGGUCUGUCAUAGAUGCAAACCAUUAAUAAUAAUCUUAAUCUAAUAGUUCUGUUUUUGUUUUGUUUGUUUUUUUUUGAGGGGUGCUUCUUGAUUCAGUAGGUAAUUUUGAACACCUCUUUAAAUACAGCUAGAAAAUAAAACCAAUUUGUAAAGCCACAUUCACGUAUGAUGCCAGCCUCACGCAUUUGUAGAUCUCCAGAAACCCAGGUAUGCCUCACUGAUUUGCCAGUCUUUAACAAAAUCAUGUCAAAAUUUGCAUCAAACUUCAGCUUCCUAUGUAUGACAAAACGAGAAACCAAGGUUUCCAAUUGCUCUUUUGUCCUCAGACAUUUAGUAAUAUAAAAUACCUAUUUUUAUGCGAGAUAUUUAUACAGGUUUAUUAAUAGCAAGCGCAACUAACUGGCACCAUGCCUUGCAACACAUUUUGAUAUAUUUGCCAUGCUUCUGGGUAAAGGCAAGCCCCAGCUACUUACUUUUGCAGUCUCUCUCGGAUCAGUAAAAGAAAAAAAAAAUCAUAUGCGUAAGAAGUAGGACUGUAAAUAUGUAUAUUUAACUUUGUAUAGCCCAUGUACCUACUUUGUAUAGAAAAAUAAUUUUAAAAAUUUGAACUGAAGGGGGGUAAAAUAAGGAAGUCAUGAAGUUUUUUGCAUUUUUAUUUAAAUGAAGGAAUUCCAAAUAAUUCACCUGCAGAUUUUUAGCACAAAAAUAGCCAUUGUAAAGUGUUAAAAUUUCCAAUAAUCAUUCUUUCUGGGAGAGAAGGUCAUUGUUAUCUCAGUUAUAGGUUUUUUUGUUUUUUUUUUUUUAAUUUUGUUUUUGAUUUAUUUUUUGCAGUCCUAUUUAUCUACAGUAGGUAUAAGUUCUUUUGCUAGAAUAGGUCACUACAGAGAAGAUUAUAUUCUGAGAGGAAAAAUAACUGACAUUAUACAUAACCAAUUAAUUUAAAGUGUUGCCAUUUUAAUCACACACAGAGAGCAUGUACUAUGCCGAAACAGAUUGUUCUCUUCAUUUAUUUUCUUUAUUGCCGUGGAUCGAUUUGAUAAAUGGGUGUGUUGAGAUACUACAUUUGCUGUAUGUAUUAUUUAAUAAACUUUAUUCAGAAUUGCGUGGCA